UCUCUUUUUUCGAUAUCGCCUUUGCAUUGAGCGUUCAUGUUGUUCUACUCGUUCUUCAAGACGCUGGUCGACAAGGAAGUGGUCGUCGAGCUCAAGAACGAUCUCUGCAUCACUGGCACACUGCACUCGGUCGACCAGUUCCUCAACAUCAAGCUCCUCGACAUUUCCGUCGCCGAGCCCGAAAAGUAUCCCCAUAUGGUCUCGGUCAAGACUUGCUUCAUUCGAGGAUCGGUUGUUCGAUAUGUUCGCCUCAACCCAGCAUUCGUCGACACAGAACUGCUCCAGGAUGCUUCGCGAAGGGAGGCUAACAACAUCAAGGGUGCGGCAUGAUGAGGCAUGCGCUCUGAACGAUGCGAACAAAUAAAAUGACACAAAUUCAACAUC